AUGCUAUCGCGACUCUGUUUGGUCUGUGGCGGCAAAAGGGGCAAGGCGGCUGCCAUGGCCGUGGUGUGCGAUCGCCAUGGGUACGGCAAAAUGACGGAGUGGUGCCAUGCAAGCCUGUCCAGACGAUGCCUCCUAGCAGGGUCAUUCAUUUCAGUACCCUUCACCCAAGCAUCUGUAUCAUACGCUAGCGAACUACAAGGUUAUUUGAGCAGGGUCUUUCCGCCCGCACCGGAGCCAAUCUUAUUUCCGCGCAAAGCCCUUAACCAGCCAUUCGCGGUCUUGCUCAUGAGAUCUGCAUACGAGACCGUAGAUGAUUUGGACUUUAUUCCAAUGAACGAGUUCCAAAAGGCUUUCUGGAAGCUUCGGGCCAGCGAGCAGGAGGCUUACAACCUGCAGUAUUCUCCCUUAAAGCCCCGCAUCGGUGAUGUGACGGACUCGCUGUACUUCGAUUUCAUCUCUUACUCGCAGUUCUCCACCAUUUCACGUGAGAUGCCGCAAGGGCAGCAGGUCUUUAAGGAGUACUGCGAGGACUGCCCUGACCUGUACCGCAUUGUACGACGGGAUCUCUCUCUGGCGGACAACUCCCAACUGCCGACGGCGUUUUUAAUUCGUACUGGUGACCGUAUUUACGCAGGCCUCAAGGACGGCUUCCGGGGCUUCCAGUUCGGUGCGCCGCCUCCGCUAGCACCAGGCGCCUCCCUGGAGUCAAUAACGACUGCCGUACAGAAGCUGCUGGAUAUCAUGGUCGACAACGGCUACGCACUCAAGGCUAUGGUGUACGACGUUAAUGACGCGGAGCAGUCGUUCAAGGUUAAAAUCACGGGUCCUGCCAACCUUUGGGGCCUCACCUCCCUCGCCUACCGGCGUGCCGCCGUACUGAACGUGUACGACUGUAUGGCAAUCCAGGGCCUUCUCCGGGCAAGCGGCCUGUCAGCCGACUUUGAUCUAAGUACCAGCAGCUCCGGGAUCGAGGAGCGAUGGGUUCUGUCGCAGCGCCCGGAAGGGGGGAAACCCUAG